GGUUAUAUAUAGUUUCUGCAAAUCAACUGUUAUUUAAAAACUAGUUCCAGAUUCUUUGCCUGCCUAUUUAAGCACCCUUCCCUUCUAUUUUAAUUAAUAUCACAUACAUAACAGCAACUUCUAUUCAACCUUGUCUCCCUCCCUACAAUAUUCUCUCUCAUCAUCCCUUCUUCCUGGAAACUCACAUCUUCAUCUUCAUCUUCAUCAUCAUUCUCUAUCUCUCUUUCAAGAAGAAGAAGAAGUAAUCUUGUGCAUAUAUCUCGAUCAUCAUCAACAAUUGCAGCUAGCUAGCAAUGUUUCCGCCAGUUGUGUACACGAUAGUUAUAUUGAUGAUCGGCUUUCUGAACUGGCUCUACAGCUGGAGAAAUCCAAGGUGCAAUGGGGUGCUCCCACCGGGUUCAAUGGGCUGGCCUCUUCUUGGAGAAUCUCUCAGCUUCUUUGCUCCAAACACCAGCUUUGGCAUUCCUCCUUUUGUUAAGGAUAGGAUGCAGAGGUAUGGAGCUGUAUUCAAGACUAGUCUGGUGGGGAGGCCGGUGAUCGUGUCCACGGAUGCAGAUCUCAACUACUUGGUUUUCCAGCAAGAGGGGAAGCUGUUCCAGAGCUGGUAUCCAGACACAUUCACUGAGAUUUUUGGGAGGCAGAAUGUGGGCUCCUUGCAUGGCUUCAUGUACAAGUACCUCAAGAACAUGGUGCUCAAGCUCUUCGGCCCCGAGAGCUUGAAGAAGAUGCUUCUAGAAGUUGAGCAGGCAGCCAAUGCCAGCUUGACCAACUGGUCUAUGGAGGGAGUUGUUGAUGUCAAGGAAGCAACUGCAAAGAUGAUCUUUGACCUCACAGCAAAGAAGCUGAUCAGCUAUGAUGCAGAAACAUCGUCUGAGAAUCUAAGGGAAAGUUUUGUAGCUUUCAUACAAGGCCUGAUCUCAUUUCCUCUUGACAUUCCUGGCACAGCCUAUCACAAAUGCUUAAAGGGGAGGAAGCAGGCGAUGAGGGUGCUGAAGAGGCUGCUGCAGGAGAGACGGGAGAGGCCGAGGAAAGUGGAGGUGGAUUUCUUUGACUAUGUGUUGGAGGAGCUGCAGAGGGAGGAUACAGUGCUGACAGAGGGCAUUGCCUUGGAUUUGAUGUUUGUAUUGCUCUUUGCUAGCUUUGAGACCACCUCCUUGUCUCUCACUCUUGCUACUAAGCUUCUCUAUGAACAUCCUUUGGUUUUGAAGCAAAUGAGAGAAGAGCACGACGCGAUUAUUAGGCAGAGGGGAAAUGCAGAUACUGGGCUAACAUGGACUGACUACAAGUCUAUGAAAUUCACAUUUCAGGUGAUCAAUGAAACAGUGAGACUAGCAAAUAUAGUGCCUGGGAUAUUCAGAAAGACAUUGAGAGAGACCAAAUUCAAAGGGUAUACUAUUCCGGCUGGAUGGGCGGUGAUGGUGUGCCCCCCGGCCGUGCACUUGGACCCCACCAAGUACAAGGACCCCCUCCACUUCAAUCCAUGGCGCUGGGAGGGCGUGGACACGACGGGCGCCUCCAAGAACUUCAUGGCGUUUGGAGGCGGCAUGAGGUUCUGUGUGGGAACAGACUUCACAAAGGUGCAAAUGGCUGUGUUUCUACAUUGCCUUGUCACCAAAUACAAAUGGAAUCCAAUCAAAGGGGGAAAUAUUCUACGAACUCCCGGUUUGCAGUUUCCAAAUGGAUUUCACAUUCAAAUUUCUGAAAGAGAAUGAAUAAAAUAGCAAAUGCAAAAUGGAUUAAUUUCAUCUUGUCCUCCAAAUGUGAGGAAGUUUUGCUCCAAAAAAGUAAGAGUUUUGGUUGCGAUGUUAGAGAAAUAGGGAAAGAAAAGGUUGUUUGACUUAGAGAUAUAUAUAGGAGAUAUGGUUUUGUCAGAGUUUGUAUUAGAUGUUGAUAUAUACGUGUAUUAAUUAUAUAUGUAUAAGUCUUUGUCGCAUAUAUACGUUGAAUCACCUGAAUGUUGUGGUGAUCACAUUAUGUAUUUGCAAUGGAGAAAUGUGUUGUUACUCUUU